AUGUCUAACGGCUGGUUCAAGAUUCACGAACUUUCCAAGGAAUUCCUUAACAUUUUCCACAGGAAAGCAUCAUUGAAGCUAAGGAAAUUCCCUUCAUGGCCAAUAUUAUGCUACCACUGUGUAGGAGUAGAGAACAACAGCACGUGUUCUGACCCUUUCGACGAGAAGACGAACACUGCUGCAACAAAAGAAGAGUGCAUCCACGGCGUGUGCGUAAAAUGGACACGCUACAUCAACGGCAUUCGGAUGAUGGAGAGGACAUGUUCCGCUCGAAUGGAUUUGAACAUUAUGAAGAUUGACGGAGUGUGUCGGACAGAGAGUGAUGGUAACGGAUACCUGUGUAUGUGCGGGAAACACCUGUGUAAUGGUACCCCAUCACUCAACCUCUCACUCCUCUCAGCAGCGCUGUGUGCGCUCGUAUCAUUUCACCAAUGGUUACCAUGGUUCCGAUGA